AUGGAGGAUUUCAGAUCCAAAUCUUGCAGAGAAGGCAGAAUGCAGAUUGAAAGCUACUAUGAGAACAAGGCUGCCCCAACAAACAUGCAAGAUCUGAGGUCUUACAGUGUCAGCUAUGCAGGUUCUAUGCAGCAGCAGCAGCAGCAGCAGCAGCAAAAUCAACCAGACAAAGAGAUGAAAAUGAAGAAACCCAAAAGCAAUAUGGGGUCAACUUCUAAAAGCUGGAGUUUCAAGGAUCCAGAACUGCAGAGGAAGACAAGGGUUGCUGGAUAUAAGGUUUAUGCAGUGGAAGGGAAGAUGAAAGGGUCUCUGAGAAAGAGUUUCAGGUGGAUUAAGAACACUUACACUCAUGUAAUCUAUGGAUGGAGGUGA